AUGGCAGCGUUAAGUAACGGCGUGUACACCAUUGUUAACCAAAAAUCAGGCACUUACCUUGCUAUACCUCCUUACGGCGGGGUAAAUGUCAUUGGCGACGCACCUAAUGAUGAAUCCUAUCAGAAGUGGAACGUCCUCGAGAGAGAUGGGCUCUUCCACAUCAGGAAUUUGCUGGACGAACGUUUCCUCUCUUUUGAACCGGGGCCUGUUGGAAUCUCGGAUGGCCUUCCUGUUGUGGGAAGGUUCGAAGAAAAAGACUUUCGUAUAGAACUUGACUCUGGCAACUCUGGAGGUUACAGGAUUAUCGUUCCCGACACUAGCCAAUGUAUAACUCUUUCGGAUCAUGGUAACCCUGCUUCAGGAACACCAGUUACACUUUGGGAGAACUGCGGGUUUACAAACCAAAUCUGGCGCUUCGAGAAAGUUUGA